AUGACUCAUAAUAACGACAGAGUGGCACCAAGGAAUCUGAAGCUCAUGAUUGGUUUGAUUCUGAACAACAACCAUUUGGUAAUAUUUAUUAAAUCCUACUUAAAUUUAGAAUUUGGAAGAAGUGGAAAUAAAAUUAUAGAUGAAUUUAUUAUUGAAAAAAAAUUAAAGUGGAUUUCCUAUAAUAACUUUAGAAAUGUUGAAUAUCUUAAUGAGGGAGAAUAUAGUACUAUAUACAAAGCUAUUUGGUUAAAUAAUGAUGGAGACAGAGAAGUAAUUCUUAAAUGUCGCAAUAAUUUUAAUGAAAAUUUAAAUGAAUUUUUAAAUGAAUGGAAAUAUCAUGAAAGUUGUUUAGAUUCAUAUGAUAUUAUUUCUUUUUAUGGAUUUACAAAAAGUCCAGAUAAUUAUAUGGCUGUAAUGGAUUAUGCAAACAAAGGUAAUUUGAGAGAAAAUUUACCAAAAAUAAUCAAAAAUGAUUGGAAACAAAAAUUAUAUAUGUUGCAUGAAAUUAUUUCUGGGCUUAAUACAAUACAUAAUCAAAAUCUUAUUCAUUGUGAUUUUCAUGAUGGCAAUAUUUUAAAUCAUAAUGAUGAUAAUAAGGAGAAAAUUUAUAUUUGUGAUUUUAGACUAUGUCAACCUGUAAAAUCAUCUUUGAAAAAAAAUGAUAUUUAUGGUGUUAUACCAUUUAUGGCACCUGAAGAAUUUACAUCCGGAGUACCACCAUUUAAUAAUAGAGCACAUGAUCUUCAAAUUAGUUUAAGUAUUUGUAAAGGGAAACGUCCUGAAAUUAUUGAAAAUACUCCCCAAUGUUAUGUAGAUUUGAUGAAUAAGUGUUGGAAUGAAGAUCCAUUAAAAAGGCCAUCUUCUAAAGAAGUUUUAAAUAUUAUUAUCAAGUGGAUUUUUCUUCCUUAUAGAAAGAAAGCUGAAGAUAUUGAUGCUGAAUUAAAAUGCAAUGUUAUGGAAUUUAUAAGUGCACCAAUUGGGCAUAAUAAUCUUACUACUAAAUCUCAUCCACAAGCAUAUUAUAAAAGUCGUUUUCAUAAUUUUACUAGUAAAGAAUUGAAUAAAAUUCUUGAAAGUGAAGAUUCACAGUAA